UGUUGCUUUCUUUUUUUAUUAUUAUCAUUUAACUACAUGCAUAUGUGGCAGAAAAAGCUCUUUUGUUGGCCAGUUUCAUCUUUCCUCCUCAGCAGGAAAUCUGGAUCCGGAAAGCAUUUAGUAGGUGUGAGUCACACAGCAGUCAGCCCGGAGUGAUGAAUUACGGUGCUGCCUGCAGAGCUGGACCUGGGCCCCAUAACCUGAGAAAACACUUGCAGAUGCCGACAGAUGUGCCCGAAGACAGGCUCAGCAUCGAGGAGAAUGCCUCCAAGUGUGACAGUAUGGCGCUGCCUAGCACCCCCACGGUCCGCAGAGGAAGCACCCCUCUGCCAAUAAAGCACCAGCUCCGACGAGAGGAAGCUGUUCACGAUGACGGCGACUGGACUUCGGGGGCGAGCGGCUUCUCCCCGUCACCGCUCAGUUUCAGCCCAGCCUUGGAUGACGCCCCCGUGGUCUCCGUGGAGGCCAGGCACGACGGGCCUCUGAGGAUCGCCCUGCUGGGUCAGAACGGAGUCGGGAAGUCCUCGCUGGCUCUCGCCUUUGCUGGCGACAUGGACCGGACAGCGUCGGUGGAUUCUGAUGGGGAGGGUUUUGUGCGCACAGUCAGCGUGGACGAUGAGGAGAGCACCAUCAUUAUCUAUGACAACUGGAGACAGGACCUGUCGGCUCUCCAGUGUGAGGUGUGCAUCCUGGUCUUCUCUGUGACCGACAGGCGCAGCUUCCACCGCACGGCCCAGCUGCGACUCCUCCUGAGAGAGACGCAGCCUCAGACUCCCAUAAUCCUCGUCGGGAACAAGAGCGACCUCGUUCGCUCCCGUGAGGUCACCGCUCAAGAGGCCAUGUCCAGCGCUGCCCUCUAUAACUGCCUGUACCUGGAGAUCUCAGCCUCCCUGGACCACCGCACGCCCGACCUCCUGGAGUCCGCCGUGCGGCUAGCCAGGGGCCAGCCCCCGUGGCCCCCGGGGUCCAGCGCGGAGGACAUGUGCGGAGAAGGCCAGCGAGAAAGCAUCACCUCGCGUGCGAAGCGCUUCCUCACCAGCCUGAUGCCCCGGUACCCGCGGGAGAGAGAGGUGGGCAAGUUCCUGAGACAGAAGUCCCGCUCGUGCCACGACCUGGGGGCGCUGUGAUGGCACGCGCGGCGAGGAGUUUUAUAGCUUGAUUGUUUAGCAGAAAUAACUUGAAGCGAUGUAGUAGAACCAAGAGGAAGAGGGAGGCAGUGAUGCGGCGCACGGCGGACAGAGAUGUGGGACGCGAAUAUGCCAGAGAAACAACAGGCUGGUAAUACAGUAUGGUGUGAAGGAUCAUCGUGCACAGGAGGAGGAGGAGGAGGAGGAGGAAGAGCAAAGUUAGCUGUGAUGUCAAAGUAGACGAUGACAGAGAGUUUUUGUACACAAGACGAAACAAAGAAAAAUACUGGUGUAAAUAAGCUGUAGAUGUGAUACCCAGCUGCCACCCCCACAGCUUUAAAAGCUAAAUAAAUUGCUUUUUUGAGUCUUCAAAAGGUC